AUGUCAUCCAUUUUCUGGCCAUGUGAUGUCUCAAGGAGCGGGUUCUGCUAUGGGUGGGAUCAUCCUGUAUUGUGUGUAGCAGGUGUACUAGAGGUUGAGGAGGACUUCUAUGCAGAAGCUCUACUCCAACGUGUCGUUCGUUCAGCGGAGACACAAGCCCUGAUUAAAAUUUGUGGUGCUCCACGGGUUCUCGGACGUUGUGUAUUCAGUUCCUUCGCGAGGUCAUCAUACCCCCAACCGGAUGUCGACAUGUUCUGCGGUCCCUCAGGGGCAUAUUCCGCUACAUACAUAUACUACCAUCGUCACGAUGCAAAUUCUUUGCGGUUUUAUGGCAUGGGCUCGAAUGGAACACGCCUUUUCGAUCUUCAGGAUGAGGUUUUGCGUUCGAGCUUGAAGCAUGGUUUUCCGCAUACCACAUCGUCGCGAAGCGCAUCAAAUACAGGGCAGAUUCUCGUUAAUCAAUGGAACUCUGCAAAGUCUCUCGAGCAGUUCAUAGAGCACGAGCAACGUGGUCAGACUACCGCCGUCCAAGGGCCCAGCACUCGAUUUCAAGGGACCUCAAAUUUUACGGCUAUCUAUAAGAAAUUCCAAUGUACAAUCGACGGAAUCGAAAAUUCAACAAAUCUUUUCUGGCGUGUCGCGUCCUUUGCCUUCGUCUAUUCAAGAGAAUUUAGCAUCAUCGAAUCUAGGGCGAAGAAAUUGCGUCGCUUGCUCCGGGGCGUGCAACCUGUUUCAAACGGGGACGUGAGACUCAAGUCUUCUCAGUUUUACAAUACCCUUUGGAUCAUCUUGAAUGAUCUUAUCAUUGGGAUUGCGCUUCGUCAAUUUUUACGGCAGGACCGUCAGGCUUUUCUGCACCUUUUCAAGCUUGUCUUUGAGGAAAAGGCCGUGCAUAAAAUACAACAGAUCCUUUUAUGGCUCGAUUGUUGGCCUGCAGGCCUCAAACUGAAUACAGAACUCAGCCGAUUCUACUCGCACAGCUUUAUGGGGCUGAUUGCACUUUGGAACAGAGGCUUCCGAACCGUCAUACCUAUCAUUCCUAUGUUAUUGAGUGCGCUUGAGCUGGGGAGUGCAUUUGGGGUGACAAUGGCGUUUGCCAUGGUAUGUGAUCUUGUCUGCGUCUUUAUGGCACAUGUACAAUUGUGCUAUUUGGUCUCGGUGACUGUGUAUGGUCAUUUGUUACGCUUGACGGCAUCACUCUGGAAUCUUUUUCGAGGACGACGACAUAACGUGCUAAGGAAUCGGACGGAUCCUUGGGACUACGAUGUCGACCAGCUACUUUUGGGAACUAUUCUCUUCACACUAAUCGCUUAUCUUUUCCCUACCGUUCUGGUGUACUACAUUUUGUUCGCUGCUAUGCGUGUCUCGACUAUUUUAGUCUAUGCGAGUUUGGAGACGGCGCUUGCAUUUAUGAAUUAUUUUCCACUCUUUGCAUUAAUGCUUAGAGUCAAAGAUCCGCAGCGAUCACCUGGCGGAUUUUAUAUGAGAGUGGAACCAACCAAGGGCGGAAAUGGCGGAAAUGUUUUCGUCAAGAGCCACCCACUGCCUCUUGCUGUCACUUUUAGCCAGUAUGACAGUCGAACUAUGGAAGCGAUUGGCGAAGCAUUAUCAUCCAUUUCGUCUCGUGUGGUGUGUUGUGUCGGGUCGAGUUCUCGAUACCAUCCCGAGAACACAUGUCCAUAG